AUGGUCAGGUCUGGACCGAAGAACCCGCACGAGACAGUACCUGGUGCCACCCACAUUCGAACAAGGUCGUUGGGUCAAGCUGUUCCAAGCUUGGAAAACUUGAAUGGUGAAGAAUCAGACGAAGAUAUCUCCCACUCACUUUGUCUAAGAUCUAGUGGUUCUUCUUGA